AUGGAAAGAAUACCAAGGCCAGUUCUUUCUGAAAUUUUGAGCCAAGUUGGUGCAAUUGAUCAAAUUAUUAUUCUCUCUAUGGUUUGCAAAAAAUGAAACGAAAUAAUUUCUAGCUGAAAUCAUGAGAUAUCUUUCCAAAAUAUCCCCUAUGAUAAAGCUCAACCUUGGAUAAAUCGUUCACAUAUAACAUAUGUGCUAACAUAUAAAUUCUUGAAAGCGAAAUGAAAAUUAGUAUCGCUUGACCUUAAAAAUGUGAAUGUGGAUGUAAGAUCCUAUAAUUAAAAUAGCCAGUUCAAGAGAAAUUAGCUCUCUCUCUCCUUUAUUGUUUUAUUUAUGGGGUUCGUUUUCCUUGGAAAGCUUCUGUGCAGAAACAAAAGUAUAACUAUAGAGACAUAGACCUAGAGGGACUAUUCAGAGUUCUAACUGCUUGCUUCCUAGGGAGUAUGCCUCAGAGUCCAUCCUAUACUAAUGCUACCAAUUUAUUUCUUUUGAAUGUAAUAAUUCUAGCAAACUUAAUCAUCGCGCAGCCAAAUCUUAGAAAAUUGGAUUUAUGCAACUCCAGAACAGAUUUUAAAAAGCUUUCUCAUUUGCUAACUCCCCUCCCUCCAUAAGCGAAAAAGAAAUUGUUUGCUAACGGAGGGGGGUAAUUUUAUAUUUAAAAAAAAUUAUAUAUAAAUUAAGAAAAAUUAUUUUCGAAUUUUUUAAAAAAUAUACUAAUUCGCAAAUAUUGGAAAGCAAAUAUUAAUUUAAUUUAUAAAUUUUAUGUUUUUAAAAACCAAUUUGUUUAAAAAUUAAAGAAAAUUAGCUCUAGAUUUCGUAAUACUAAUUAUCAGUUAUAUAUCAAAUUUUUUUCCAUAAAAAAAAUUUUUCUAUUAAAAAGCAUUUUGUUCGCUCACGGACGAUGGGCCUUUGGGCUAAAAAUAGGAUAUUUUUCUAAUGGUUUUGUUCACUUACGGAGGAGGGUGAGCAAGUCUCAAAAAGUCUGAAUGCUUAAAAUUAAACAAAAUUGAAAUUUUCUUUCAACUUGAAGAGCUAAUAUGUACUAAUCUGAUUUCAUUUGGACAAUACCUGCUUGAUUUUCUAAAAAUGUUUCCAAAAUUAAAAAAACUGAAAAUCGGAAAUUGCAGUAUAACAAUAGAUUUAUUUAUAUUUAUAUUACAAAAUUUCAAAAAUAUAGAGUUUCUAGAGGUUUCUUUAACAAGCCAAAUAAAUUCAUCUAAAUUAGAAGUUUUAAAAGGUGCUCUCCAAAAUUCAAAUUUAAAAUUUUGACUUGUAAAUGCUCCCAGUGAAUCAAUAUUUUUGUUUAAAGAUAUUAAAACUUGCGUAUACAAUUAUGAUGUUUGAUUGAAGAAAGAGCUCGAUUUGGAAGAAAUACAGAAAUGAUUAAAACUUGGAGGAGAUAUAAACUCAUGCUACAAAUUUAUAAACAAUCUGAUUGAAAAAUAUGAUGAUGAUUUCUUUAUUCAAGCUUUCCAAGUAUUUAAUAAAAACGGACUUGAUAAAUGAUUUCAUCAGUAUAGUCAGUUCUCUCCAAUUAACUAUUGUAAUUAUAUUGCUAAUGCUGCGUUAAAAAGAAAAAUAAAAUUAUUUUGAUAUCUUUUUGAUAUGGGCUUCCAUAUUUUUGAUUGCGGAUGCUUUGAUAUUCUGAUUUCUUGCCCAGAAAUUAUCAAUGAAUUAAUAAUUAAUCAAAAAAGUAAAAUAAAGUUUUCAGGCGAAAAAAUUUAUAAAGCUGCACAGUUUUUUAUGAUAAAACAGGACGAAAAAUAUUUAAUGCCUUUAAUUGAUCUCAUGACUCCUAUAAAGCUUGGCUACAUAGAAGAAAAAAUUAUUAAAAAAAAUAGAUUUCCUCCAUCCAAAAAAAAAUUUGAAAUACCUAACUACUAUAAAGAAAUCUCUGGACUUUUCCAUAUUCCAGAUAUUGAGCCAUUAAUAUCUGUUGCAGCCAUUCUUGGAUUGAAAAAUAUAAUUGCAGCACUAAUUCAUGCUGGAUUUAAUAUAGAUGCUAGAGAUUCGAUGGGCAAUACAGCUCUUUGUCAUGUUGCUAAAUAUGGGAGUAUUGAUAUUUUGAAAUAUUUAAUUGAAAACGGAGCAGAUAUAAAUAAUGCUAUAAAUAUAAAAAAAAGUAAGUCACCAAUAAAAAUGGCUAUUGAGAAUGGAAGAGUAGAUUCUGUUAUUGAAUUGAUUAAUUUAGGUGCUGAUUUUUUAAACAAAGAUAAUGAUGGUCUCACAGCUUUAGAAUAUGCCAGUAAUUUGAAUAUGCUUGAUAUAGUGGAGAUAUUAAAAGAAGCUGCAGAAAAGAUAGAAAAUAAUUAA